AUGGUGGUCGCAAGAGAGUUUCAUCUGGAUCUAAUAGUAUCAUACGGGGCCGUCCCGGUGAUUGUCCCCCGUGUCGCCGGGGUCCACAUGCUCCUCGACAGUUGAGCCAAUCCACGCUUCGAGCCAAUCCACGGCGUCCUUCUCUGCGAGGGAGAGGACAUCGACCCCUCCCUCUAUGAUGCAGAUAUCUCCGGCCUCACACCCCAAGAACACGAAGACAUCUGCCGCCUCCACACCAGUGACACCGCCAUAGACCGCGAGAAGGACUCCAUCGAGCUUCGCCUCGCAAGGCUCUGCGUCGACCGCAACAUCCCCUACCUCGGCAUCUGCCGUGGGUCCCAGGUCCUCAACGUGGUGUCCGGAGGCACACUCUAUCAGGACAUAGAAAAGCAGAUUGCGAAGAAAGGAAGCCAUACGAAAGUAUCUCACAUCAAUUAUGAUAACUACGACGGACAUCGGCACAAUGUGAGAGUGGUCCAUGAAACUCCGUUGAGUAGCUGGUUCGGGGAAUCAUUGGACGAGAGGAUGGAGAUGGAGGUGAACAGUUAUCAUCACCAGGGAGUGAAGAGACUGGCAGCGAGAUUCGUUCCUAUGGCGUAUUCUGAUGAUGGAUUGAUAGAGGGGUUUUAUGAUCCUGAAUGCUAUGAUCCUGAGGAGGGUAAAUUCAUAGUAGGAUUACAGUUUCAUCCGGAGAGAAUGAGGCGGCCAGAGUCUGAUGAUUUUGAUUAUCCCGGGUGCCCGUUGCCUUAUCAGGAAUUUGUACAGGCAGUAAAAGCUUAUCAGAAGAAGGUUAAUAACCCCCCAGACAUAAAAAUUGCUCGAAAGCUCGAUCAGGAACUAGAGAAGAAAAGAAAGAUAAUACUGCAGAGUUUUUCUCUCUACGAGUUCGACCAACUGAACACCGCACUGAGCCUGCAACAAGAGAAGUGGCUGAAGCAGAUGGGGGUGACAGUGAGGAAUGCAUCAUCAUAUCUUGAAAGGCUGAAGGUGAGCGAGGAGAGGGAGAAGGUGGUGAGGGAUGUCAUGGAGAAUAUGUCGGCGGAGCAUCUGUCUGAUCUUCUCUCCUUGUAUAAUAUGAUGAGUAAAAUUGGUGCUGAAAUGUUGGAGCAGAAAGUCAUGGCUCCGUGA